AACACACGCACACACAUCUUUAUGAUCAUUUUUCUUUAUAUAUAUAUAACAGUCCUCCCUCCAUAGUUGCAUCCCAGCACGCCCCAUUCCUACAUUCUGUAAAGCACCACCACGCUUCUCUCUCUCUCUUCUUUCUCUCUCUACUUUUUCUCUCUCUCUCUCUCUCUCUAUCAAAUCAAAGUCCACUCCUCUUUUCUGCUGAUUAUAUUCUCCUCUUUCGUAGAGAGAGAAGAGAAAAGUAAAAUUGAACUGGUUUUUCUCCGUUUCACAUUUUUAGAGAGAGAAAAUUUAGAAUAUGAUGACGGCCGGAAAAGAAGAUUUGGGGCUGAGUUUGAGCCUGACCUUCCCGCCGGAGAAGAAGGCCGUUUCGAAUAUUCCGAGCUCACUGCACCUCAAUCUCAUGCCUUCUUCGCCUUCUCCCAAUUUCACCAUUUUCAAUAAUAAUUUCAAUUGGACGUCGACGCAACAAGCUGCUGCUGCUUUCCCCUUCUCAGAUCGGAGCUCGGAGACAUGCAGAGUGGAGACGACGAGGUCUUUUCUGAAAGGAAUCGAUGUCAACUGCCUCCCGUCGGCGGCGGCGGCGGAGGAGGAAGAGGAGGAGGAAGGCGGCGGCGUCUCCUCCCCCAACAGCACGAUCUCAAGCGUGAGCGGGAAGCGGAGCGAGAGGGAAGACGCCACGGAGGAGCACGACGGCGAGAGAGCUUGCUCCCGCGGCAUCAGCGACGAAGAAGACGCUGAGAACGCCCGGAAAAAGCUCCGCCUCUCCAAAGACCAGUCCGCCACUCUCGAAGAAAGCUUCAAAGAACACAACACACUCAAUCCCAAGCAAAAGAUGGCUUUGGCUAAAAGAUUAGGGCUAAGGCCAAGACAAGUUGAAGUCUGGUUCCAAAACAGAAGGGCUAGGACAAAACUGAAGCAAACAGAGGUUGAUUGCGAGUUCCUAAAGAGAUGCUGCGAAAACCUAACAGAAGAGAACAGAAGGCUGCAAAAAGAGGUCCAAGAACUAAGGGCACUUAAGCUAUCCCCACAGUUCUACAUGCAGAUGACCCCUCCAACUACUCUCACCAUGUGCCCUUCUUGCGAGAGAGUCGCGGUGCCGACAAUGGGGGGCCCACCGUCGAACGGCGGCCGAGCACCACCAGCUGCGUCCGCUGCCGCGGCAGUUCAGCCGCGGCCGAUCACAUUCAAUCCGUGGGCUGCCGUCAUGCCUAGUCAGCAGCAGCAGCAGCUGCACCGGCCGUUCGAUGCUAUUAUGCAUUCGAGAUGAUAUGAUUCUUGAUUGAUCUUUUUCGGGUUUUUAGGGAGUUUUUAAUUACUUGAAAGAAAUGCAUAAUUGUAAUGAUGAUUGAUAUUUAGGAGGGAUAUCUGAAAGAUUCUCUCUGUAUUUUAUUUGUCAUUAUCCCUUUUUAAUUAGUGAUAUUUAUAGAUUGAUCGUUGAUUAGUACCGAUAUUUGGUGUAAAUUUGCUGCUUUUGAUGGUGAUUUUUUUUGUUUUGUUUAUGGAUAUAUGUUAUUAACAUUUAAGAA